CCGCCGGGCCCCCCGCCGGCCGAGCGGGCUCCUCUCCCGGGCGGCGGUCUGCAUGUGCCCGGCCAUGUCCUACCCGCAGGGCUACUUGUACCAGCCUUCCGCCUCCCUGGCGCUCUACUCCUGCCCGGCCUACGGCACCAGCGUCAUCUCGGGGCCCCGCACCGAUGAGCUGGGCCGCUCGUCCUCGGGUUCCGCCUUCUCCCCCUACGCCGGAUCCACCGCCUUCAGCGCUCCGUCCCCGGGCUACAACUCGCACCUCCAGUACGGCGCCGACCCCGCGGCCGCCGCCGCCGCCGCCGCCGCCGCCGCCGCCGCCGCCUUCUCCUCCUACGUGGGGUCACCCUACGACCACACCCCGGGCAUGGCGGGCUCCCUGGGCUACCACCCGUACGCCGCGCCGCUGGGCUCCUACCCCUACGGGGACCCGGCCUACCGCAAAAACGCCACGCGGGACGCCACGGCCACCCUCAAGGCCUGGCUCAACGAGCACCGCAAGAACCCCUACCCCACCAAGGGCGAGAAGAUCAUGCUGGCCAUCAUCACCAAGAUGACCCUCACCCAGGUGUCCACCUGGUUCGCCAACGCGCGCCGGCGGCUGAAGAAGGAGAACAAGAUGACCUGGACGCCGCGGAACCGCAGCGAGGACGAGGAGGAGGAGGAGAACAUCGACCUGGAGAAGAACGACGAGGACGAGCCGCCCAAGGCGGAGGAGAAGGGCGAGCCCGAGGGCCCGGACGCAGGAGGAGGCGGAGAAGCCAAGGCCACCCCGGCCUGCGAGCGGCUGCAGGGGCUCCCGAGCCCGCCGGCCAGCGACGAGGCCGAAGGCGGCCUCGGCGAGUCGGAGGCCCGGGAGGCGUCGGAGGGGCGUCCGGAGGGGCGUCCGGAGGGGCGUCCGGGCGAGGAGCCGGCCCAGCCCUACGCCCCGGGCCCGGCCCCGGCCGGAGAGCCGCCCCCGGCCCCCGGCGGACCCUCGGUCAUCCACUCGGCGCCCCCGCCGGCCCCGCUGUCCAAGCCCAAGCUGUGGUCCCUGGCGGAGAUCGCCACGUCCACGGACAAGGGCCGGGAGGGCAGCGAGGGGGCUCCCCCCGGGCCGGGGCCGGGGCCGGGCUCGGGGCCGCAGGCCGGACCGCAGGCCGGGCCCUCGCUGGCCGCCGCCGGCCGCUCGUCGCCCUCCCCGGCGCGCUCGCCGUCCACGCAGUGUCCCUUUCCCGGGGCCGCCGUGCUGGCCCGUCCGCUCUACUACGCGGCGCCCUUCUACCCGGGAUACACGAACUACGGCUCCUUCGGUCACCUGCACGGCCACCCGGGGCCCGGGCCCGCCCCCGGCCCCGGCCCCGGCCCGCACUUCAAUGGAUUAAACCAGCCCGGGCUCGGCCGGCCGGACGCUUUGGUCAAGGAAGCGAAAAUCCUCCGGAGCCAAUCCCACCUAGAGCUGUGCAAAGACUCGCCCUAUGAACUGAAGAAAGGUAUGUCCGACAUUUAACCCCGGGCUGCUUCGGCCCCUGGACUUUUCUAAUUUAUUAAACGAGAUGGCCUUGGCAGUUAUUUUUCCACCACCGAGAGAUUAAAAAGUAAAAUAAAUAAGCCACCCUCCCCCCUCCACCGC